UGAAAGUUGUAGCUCUGUUUGAGUAAUGAGUUAUUCAUAUUUACAAAAUGAAUCAAUGCAAAAUAAAGGGAGACUAUUGAUUUUCUGUUAAAAGUUAAAUAGUAGCAAUUUCUGCAAUGUUUUGCUGUUUAAAAAACUGUGUCAAUGGGUUUUCGCUUACUCCUAGUGUUCCUUUACGAGUAAGAGAAAGCCCGAUUCAAUUAGAUACUGUUCAUAUGGGUCAUGAAGUAGUGAUUGUUAAAGGCGGUCAAAGAGCUUGCGGUUCUGGUUGCGUAUUAGGGAAUGCACCGUUAGUACAAAACAAGGCAUACUUUGAAGUAAAACUACAACAAGGUGGUGUCUGGGCUGUAGGACUUGCUACAAGACAAGCAGAUAUGAAUAGUGUACAUGGCGGUGUUGACAAAGAGUCUUGGUGCUUAAAUAGUGAUGGUACUGUACGCCACAAUAAUGAAGAGCUGUAUCAUUUAAAACCUGCUGCCUGUGAUUCACCAACCACUGAAAUCCUGGUAUCAACUGGUGCACCAACUGAUCCAGAAAAUGAAAUGAAAGAAAAAGAUCGAAACAGUGUUAUAGCUACAAUGCCAGUUGAGGGAGAUGUAAUAGGUGUUGCAUAUGAUCAUGUAGAUCUGAACUUCUUUCUUAAUGGAAAGAACUUGGAAAUACCAGUUCGAAGUGUUAGAGGAACAGUUUAUCCAGCAUUAUAUGUUGAUGAUGGUGCUAUAUUGGACAUAAUACUUGAUAACUUCCGGUACCCACCGCCAACUGGAUAUGAGAAGAUAAUGGUUGAACAAUCGCUCCUUUAACAUGAUAUGAUCUCAAACAGUCCUUGUCGUGUGUAACUCUUGUGCGAAUGUGACUCUUAUUGCUUUGUGUGCUAAGUGUAAAGUGUUAUAUUACCAAUUAUUACAUUGGACUUAUGUACACCCUAAAUAACAAAUCUUAUCAUUAUAUCCAAUAUUUUUGUAUGUUAUAUUCAUAUAGACUUAAGUAAUACAUCGUCUAUACAUAGGACCUUUCCAUGAAUUUAUUUUUGUAGAUAUCUGAAUAACGAGUUAACACUGUGAUUUUAUUUGAAUAAAUUGAUUUAAGCUUAAA